AGCCAUUUUGGCUCAAGGCGUUCCCAGCCCAGGCCGCUCUUGCACCGCCUCUUCCCUCGGAAGUGCAGUGGAUGGGGGUGUCGGCCCCGGCAGAAGAGGGGGCGGAGCCGCUCCAGCGCGCGGGCGACGGAACUGCUCUCGCGGGCCGUGCCGCUGUGGUCUUUGGGGCCCGCCCUGCGCGCGCCACGGGCUCCCCCGCCGCCGCCGUGGCAGGCUCCGUGCUGGCGCGGGGGCUGGUGCCCUGUGAGCCUCGCGUCCCGGCCCUGGACCUUGCCGCGGUCGCCGCGGACCGCGCCCGCGCCUGCGAGCCCGAGGUGGCGCCCUUCCUCCAGGGCCACCCGCCGCGCAAGGAGGUGGUGCGCGCGGCGCCUGAGCAGCGAGGUCCUGGCCUCGGGGCGCUGGCCCUCCAGCGUUUCGGGGGGCACGUCCUCGAGGGGUUGGCCGCGCGGCGCCUGCAGGGGCGCGGCCCCGCCACGGAGUCGCUGCUAUUCCCGGGCCUGACCGUGGCGAGCCCGCGGCGCGCGGGCGGCGGCGGGAAGGCGGCGCUCGGGGGCGCGGCGAGCUCCAGCACCGCGGCCACGGACGCCGGGGCAGCCUGGUCGCCGCCUGCAGUGCCGUGGGCGGCAGGUGGGGAGGCGCAGUGACUACCUCGUUGGCUGCUUCAUCAACUUGUGGCGCUCCACUUCGGGCGGCUGGGCGCCGUUGUUCUUGUUCUCUCGUCGGCUGCGGGUGUCACUUCACCCGAUGCGGAAGAGCGAUCUCCUAAUUCAAUGGUGAGCUCAUGACGCGCGGCUCACGGACACCGACCUAUGAGCGGCCGUCGGAAGUGACCUUUCGUGAUGGCCCAUUUCUCGCGCCAGCGGUUUCGCUCCUUUAUGCAUACGACGGGGGACCUGGUCCGGGGGCCGGGGGCCACGACCAC